AAGAAAGUCGCUUUAACUCUUAGAACAAAACAUGUCGGAUCCACUCUAUAUAUUUAAUAGGUCUCAAUCCGAGAUAGUAGUUGAAUCUCUUUUAGUUUCAAGCAAUCUCAGAUCUUCAAUGCUCACUCAGCAAAUCCAAUCCUUAAGAGUCUUUGUGGCGACAUGGAACGUUGGAGGAAAAUCUCCACACUCUGGUCUUAAUCUCGAUGCUUUGCUUCACGUCCACAGCGAAUAUGAUAUAUACGUUUUAGGUUUUCAGGAGAUUGUUCCAUUGAAUGCUGGAAAUGUCCUUGUUCUUGGAGACAACGAGCCUGCUGCGAAAUGGUUAGCUAUGAUCAAUCAAUCCUUGAAUAAAUCAUCAUCAUCAUCUUCUGGAGGAAGACUUGGUCCAAAAACUCCAUCUUUUGGCGCUGGAUCGAUGUUCUUUGCAAAACCUUCUUUGAAGAAGAUCAGUGAGAGUUUCAGAACAGAAUGCAGGAGAAAGCUGAAGAUCUGUAACUGCAGCACUUUCUCUGAAGAGAUUGUAAAAAAGUAUGGGAGAGAAUCUUGUUUCAGAUGUCCGGAAGGUCUAGUUAACCAAUCCGGUGUACUUUCUGAUGACGAAGAAGACGAGGAUGAUGAUGACGAUGAUGAUGAAGACGAGGAUGAAGGAGGAGAAAAAGUUGCUUCUCUUGUAAGCAACCAGAUGAUGAUGAAGUAUGGCUUAGUAGCAUCAAAGCAAAUGGUGGGAAUAUUCCUCACUGUGUGGAUGAGAAAAGAACUUAUCCAACACGUUUCUCAUCUCAGAAUCUCCAGCGUCACCCGCGGAAUCAUGGGUUGCUUAGGAAACAAGGGAUGCAUAGCUGUGAGUUUGCAGCUCUACAAGACUAGCUUCUGCUUCAUCUGCAGUCAUCUAGCUUCUGGUGAGAGAGAAGGAGACGAACGUCGCAGAAACUCAGAUGUGAUCGAGAUUCUCAAGAACACAACUUUCCCUAGAAUCUGCAGAACUUCUUUUACUCGUGUCCCUGAUCGAAUCACUAAGCAUGAUCGGGUCAUAUGGCUCGGAGAUUUGAACUACAGAAUAGCUUUGAGUUACUCUGAAACAAAGACGCUCUUGGAUAAAAACGCUUGGGACACUCUUCUUAACAAAGAUCAGCUCAAGAUUGAAAGAGACGCAGGUCGAGUGUUCAAAGGAUGGCACGAAGGCAAAAUCUUCUUUGCACCAACUUAUAAGUACUCUUAUAACUCCGAUGCUUACGCCGGAGAUACUACCAAAGAGAAGAAGAACAAGAGAAGAACUCCGGCUUGGUGCGAUAGGAUUCUUUGGCACGGGGAUGGAAUCCGGCAGCUCUCGUACGUGCGCGGCGAGUCACGAUUCUCCGAUCACCGGCCGGUUUGCUCCGUAUUUGUCGUCGACGUUGAGCCUCCGUCACACCCUCCAACACAGCCUCCUCCGUCAUGGCCUGCACCAACACAGCCUCCGUCAGAACCUCCAACGCCGUCCCCGUCACAGUCUCCAUCGCUGCCUCCUUCACAACCUCCAACACCGCCUCCGUCACAGUCUCCAUCGCAGCCUUCUCCACUACCACCAAACAUUGCUUGUAAAUCCACUCCUUACCCGAAGCUCUGCCGCACGAUCCUCUCCGCCGUUAAAUCUUCACCGUCCGAUCCUUACCAUUACGGAAAGUUCACAAUGAAGCAAUGCCUCAAACAAGCUCGUCGCCUCUCCAAAGUCAUCAACCGCUUUUCCCAGCGCGUGGAAGAUGAUCCAGGUGCGUCGACGGUGGAAGAGGUCAGUGCGGUGGCUGAUUGCGGCGAGCUAGCACAGCUUAGCGUUGAUUACCUCGAAACGGUUACGGAGGAGCUGAAAGCAGCGGAGCUGAUGACGGCGGCGCUCGUUGAUCGUGUUACGAGUCUUCUCGGUGGCGUUGUGACUAACCAGCAAACGUGCCUCGACGGUCUUGUGGAUGCUAAGAGCGGGUUUGCGACGGCGAUUGGAACGCCGUUGGGGAAUCUCACGCGCCUCUAUAGUGUGUCGUUAGGGCUUGUGAGUCACGCGCUUAACCGUAAUCUGAAGAGGUAUAAAGGGUCCAAGGGGAAAAUCUUUGGUGGUGGUAACAAACCCGUUCGUGAGCCUCUCGAGACUUUGAUUAAGGUUUUACGCAAAACAUGCGACAAGAGCAAGGAUUGUCGGAAAGCUGACAGAAAUUUAGGUGAGCUAGGAGAGACGAGCGGUGGCUCGAUCCUCGUAAGGGAAGCAGUGACCGUCGGUCCAUAUGAAACCGAUAGCUUUUCCACCAUAACCGAGGCCGUCGCUGCCGCACCAAACCACACAUUCCCAGAGCAAGGCUACUUCGUAAUCUAUGCAAGGGCAGCGGUGGUCGGAGACCGAUUUGUUGCAGUUGAUGUAACAUUCCGAAACACAGCUGGACCAGAGAAGCACCAAGCCGUGGCCGUAAGAAACAAUGCGGAUGGAUCAACAUUUUAUCGAUGUAGUUUUGAAGGCUAUCAAGAUACUCUUUACGUUCAUUCUUUAAGACAGUUCUAUCGUGAAUGUGAUAUAUAUGGGACCAUAGAUUUUAUAUUCGGAAAUGCCGCUGCGAUCUUUCAAAACUGCAACAUAUAUGCCCGAAAACCGAUGGCAAAUCAGAAGAAUGCAGUGACAGCCCAUGGAAGAACCGAUCCAAACCAGAAAACUGGAAUCUCCAUAAUUAAUUGUACUAUAGGAGCUGCGCCGGACCUCGCGGCUGACCCCAACUCGACCAUGACAUUCCUUGGGCGGCCAUGGAAGCCUUACUCGAGGACGGUCUACAUACAAUCAUACAUCAGCAAUGUUGUCCAACCCGUUGGGUGGCUAGAGUGGAAUGGUACAACCGGGCUAGACACGAUCUCCUAUGGUGAAUAUGACAACUUUGGACCGGGGGCUGAUACAAGUAAAAGGGUCCAAUGGUCAGGAUAUAGCCUAUUGAACUUGGCAGAAGCCAUGAACUUCACCGUAUAUAAUUUCACUUUGGGAGACACUUGGUUGCCUCAGACCGACAUUCCCUUCUACGGCGGUUUGCUUCACACCGAAUGAAAUUUUUUCCUAAAAUAUUAUAUAGAUACUUGGUCUUGCCUCAUUUAAAUGCAAUAAAAAAUUUCUUCAUUUUUGUUAUUCGAAAUCUGAAUUUGGUACUAGUUACUUACUCUAAUAAAUGAUUGAACGGUUC